AAAUGUGGAACUUAAACCGCCAGACCUCUCAAUCCUUCGGCUUCCUGCACAAUGAAGUGCGGGUGUGGAAGCUUCUCCCUCUUUUCGGCUGUAAGAGUGCGUGUCAAGUUGUGAGGCUCUCUGCACGGUGCCUGAAGUCGCGCUUCCUGGUCCCUUACGGGAAGACCGAUGUCCCCCUGGGAAAGGCCAAUGUGCAGACUACAGCCAGACAGCUGGGCCCCUCUAACAGCAGCCCUCAGACUUGGCCUGGGUAGAGGGGCCCACCACUACCAGUCCCGGGGUGUUAAAAGACUGCAAAGCCUCCAGCGCCAGGCAGCCGCGCGGGGAGAAGCCUCUGUCCCCACCCCCGGUGCCGCGCCCAUUGGCUGGGCUCUGGUCGGCCCCGCCCACCGAUCGGUCCGCCUGGCGCUGACGCAUGCGCGGGAGCCCGCCACCGCCGCCGCUUCAGCACCAGCUCCCGGACAGCGGCGCCGCCCACGGGCAUGGACGCUGAUAGCGGCAGCAGCAGCAGCGGUCCGGCUCCCGGCCCGGGUCCGGAUGAGGAGCAGCAGCCCAAGGAGGAACCCUUGGCCCCAGACGGCAGCUCCCCGGACAGGUCUCAAAGCAAGGCUGUGGCCCCUGAGGCAAGCCCAGAGAAGAGCUGCUCUCUCCACAGCUGCCCCCUUGAGGAACCUUCCAGUUCUUCAGGACCCCCACCAACAACUUCCACCCUCCAGCCUGGGGGCCCGUCCAGCCCCUUGGCCCCUGCACACUUCACCUAUCCCAAGGCACCACAGGAAUACCGGGGGGACAGUUCCCUGCCAGGGCUUGGGGACCGGGCAGCUCUAUGCUCCCAUGGCUCUAGCCUCAGCCCUUCUCCAGCCCCCUCACAGCGAGAUGGGGCCUGGAAGCCACCAUCUGUGCAGCACCAUGUGGUCAGUGUCAGGCAGGAACGGGCCUUCCAGAUGCCAAAGAGCUAUUCCCAGCUGAUUGCCGAGUGGCCGGUGGCCAUGCUGCUGCUGUGUCUGGCUGUCAUCCUCCUCUGCACCCUGGCUGGACUGUUGGGGGACCGGCUGCCCGACUUCUCCAAGCCCUUGCUGGGUUUUGAGCCUCGAGACACAGACAUUGGACGCAAGCUAGUGGUCUGGAGAGCACUGCAAGCCCUCACAGGCCCCAGGAAGCUGCUUUCUCUUUCCCCAGACUUUGAGCUGAACAGCUCAAACUCCCACACCACUCUGAGCCCCACACCCUGGAGCAGUGCCCAGGAGGGCUUGGUCCGGCCUCGAAGGAUGGUGGAACCCCUGGAAGACAGAGGGCAGGAGGACUUCUUUUGUGGUCCCCCUGAGAAGAGCUAUGCACAGCUGGUGUUCAUGUCGACCUCAGCGGGCAGCCUGUGGAACCUGCACGCCAUCCAUUCCAUGUGUCGCAUGGAACGGGACCAGAUCCGCUCCCAUACCCGCUUUGGGGCUCUGUGCCAGCGAACGGAAGCCAACAAGUGCUGUCCCAGCUGGUCCCUGGGCAACUAUGUGGCCGUGCUCUCCAACCGCUCCUCCUGCCUGGACACGACCCAAGCGGAUGCAGCCCGAACACUGGCCCUUCUGCGGGCCUGUGCCAUCUACUACCACCGCGGUGCCCUGGUGCCCUCUUGUCUGGGCCCCGGGCAGGACAAGCCCCCGCACUGCGCCCAGGUUCCCACCAAGUGCUCUCGGAGCAGUGCCGUCUACCAACUCCUCCACUUUCUGCUGGACAGGGACUUCCUGAGCCCCCAGACUGCUGACUACCAGGUGCCCUCCCUCAAGUACAGCCUGCUCUUCCUGCCCACUCCAAAGGGUGCCUCUAUGAUGGGCAUCUACCUGGACCGCCUAGCCACCCCCUGGGGGCUCUCUGACAACUACACAUCCAUCACUGGCAUGGACCUGGGCCUCAAGCAGGAGCUGCUGAGGCACUACCUGGUCCAGGACACGGUGUAUCCCUUGCUGGCCCUGGCUGCCAUCUUCCUCAGCAUCGCCCUCUACUUGCGCUCCCUCUUCCUCACACUCAUGGUGCUGCUGGGGGUGCUGGGCUCGCUACUGGUUGCCUUCUUUCUUUACCGUGUGGCCUUCCGCAUGGCCUACUUUCCCUUCGUCAAUCUGGCAGCCUUCGUCCUGCUCAGCAGCGUCUGUGCCAACCACACCCUCAUCUUCUUUGACCUGUGGCGCCUCAGCAAGAGCCAGCUGCCCUCCGGGGGGCUGGCACAGCGCGUGGGCCGCACCAUGCACCAUUUCGGCUACCUGCUGCUGGUCUCGGGCCUCACCACGGCCGCGGCCUUUUAUGCCAGCUACCUGAGCCGUCUGCCGGCCGUACGCUGCUUCGCCCUCUACAUGGGCACGUCCGUGCUGGCGCACCUGGCGCUCACGCUGGCCUGGCUGCCCUCCGCCGCCGUGCUCCACGAGCGCUACCUGGCCCGCGGCUGUGCGUCCCGGGCGCAGGGCCCGUGGGGCGGCAGUGCGCCCCGGCGGCUGGCGCUGGCGCUGCACCGGCGGCUCCGCGGCCUUCGGAGGGCGGCGGCCAGCACCUCGCGCCUGCUCUUCCAGCGCCUGCUGCCCUGUGGGGUCAUUAAGUUCCGCUACAUCUGGAUCUGCUGGUUCGCCGCGCUGGCGGCAGGGGGCGCCUACAUCGCCGGCGUUAGCCCCCGUCUGCGGCUGCCCACUCUGCCGCCGCCCCGCGGCCAGGUCUUCCGGCCUAGCCACCCCUUCGAGCGCUUCGACGCGGAGUACCGCCAGCAGUUCCUGUUUGAGCGGCUGCCUCAGGGCGAGGGCGGCCACAUGCCUGUGGUUUUGGUGUGGGGCAUCCUGCCCGUGGACACUGGCGACCCGCUGGACCCUCGCAGCAACAGCUCACUGGUGAGUGACCCUGCCUUCUCUGCCAGCGGUCCCGAGGCCCAGCGCUGGCUGCUGGCACUCUGCCACGAAGCUCGGAAUCAGAGCUUCUUUGGUGUCCAGCCCGAGGGCUGGCCCACGCUGUGCUUCAUGGAGGCCCUCCAGCGCUGGGUGGAGAGUCCUGCUUGUGCCCGCCUGGGGCCUGGCCUCUGCUGUGGCCACUCAGGCUUCCCUUGGGCACCCCAGCUUUUCCUGCACUGCCUCAAGAUGAUGGCUCUGGAGCAAGGCCCCAACAGCACCCGUGACCUAGGACCCCGCUUCAAUAGCCAGGGCGGCUUGGCUGCCCUGGUUCUGCAGUUCCAGACUAACUUCCAGUACAGUACAGAUUACAGCCAAGCACACCACUUCUAUGCUGAAGUCAGCCACUGGCUGGCAGGGGAGCUGGGCAGAGCACCUCCCGGCCUCCACCGGGGUUGGUUUACCAGCCAUCUGGAGCUGUACAGCCUGCAACACAGCCUGAGCACAGAACCUGCUGUGGUGCUGGGCCUGGCUCUGGCGCUGGCGUUUGCCACACUGCUGCUAGGCACCUGGAACGUUCCGCUUAGCCUGUUCUCCGUGGCAGCGGUGGCAGGCACCGUACUGCUCACCGUGGGGCUCCUGGUUCUACUCGAAUGGCAGCUCAACACUGCUGAAGCCCUCUUUCUCUCUGCUUCCGUGGGCCUCUCAGUAGACUUCACUGUCAACUACUGCAUCUCCUAUCACCUGUGCCCACACCCCGACCGCCUGAGCCGCGUGGCCUUCUCGCUGCGCCAGACCAGCUGUGCCACAGCUGUGGGGGCUGCGGCCCUGUUUGCGGCCGGUGUGCUCAUGCUGCCUGCCACGGUGCUGCUCUAUCGCAAGCUGGGCAUUGUCCUCAUGAUGGUCAAGUGCGUCAGCUGUGGCUUUGCCAGCUUCUUCUUCCAAUCUCUGUGCUGUUUCUUUGGACCAGAGAAGAACUGUGGGCAGAUCCUCUGGCCUUGUGCCCACCUGCCAUGGGAUGCUGGGAAUGGGGAGCCUAGUGGGGAAAAGGCAGGCCGCCCAAGAUCAGGGCCAGUGGGAAAGGCACCCGGAUCCUGCUCGGAACAAUACGAGCUACAGCCCCUGGCACGGCGCCGGAGUCCCAGCUUUGACACCAGCACAGCCACUAGCAAACUGUCCCACCGGCCCUCGGUGCUCUCUGAGGAUCUACAGCUGCAUGAUGGCCCCUGCUGCCCCCGGCCCCUACCGGCCCCUGCCUCCCCAAGAGAGCUGUUCCUGGACCACCAGGCAGUCUUCAGCCAGUGCCCGGCCCUGCAGACCUCCUCCCCCUAUAAGCAGGCUGGCCCCAGCCCCAAAACCCAAGCCAGGCAGGACUCCCAAGGGCAGAAGGCUGAGCCCGUGCAGGCCUCACCAGAAGCCUCGGCCCACCCUCCCAAGCCCAAGGCCGUGGAGCCUCCUGAUUGCCUCUGCUCCUCAGCUAGCACCCUGGAGGGGCUCAGCGUCUCUGACGAGACCUGCCUAAGCACCUCUGAGCCCAGUGCCCGAGUGCCAGAUUCUGUGGGUGCCUCCCCAGAGGACCUGGACGAAACAGAGCAAACGGUACCUGAGCGGGGCCAGCUGAAUGAGAAGCGAGACACCCUAUGGCUGGCACUGAGGGAGACCGUGUAUGAUCCGUCGCUGCCUGCCUCCCACCAGAGCAGCUCCUCCUGGAAGGGCCGUGGGGCACCAGGGGAUGGCAGCCCUGUGGUGCUGCCCAACAGCCAGCCAGAUCUGCCAGAUGUUUGGCUACGCAGGCCCAGCACCCACACUUCAGGCUACAGUAGCUGAGGGAGGCCCAGGAAGGCAGGACUGGGGCACAGAGCCUGUCAGAGGUGACAGGAAGGGGGCAGCCCCAGACUGGAGCCUGAUAGUGUCUGCCCGCAUCAGCAUGGAGAGGUCUCACCCUCCAGCUGUGGAUUUUAAACCCUGCCAGAUGUUUCAGCCUUGGUCCAGACUGCUACUUACUCCCCACAUCUGGAGGAUUCAGUGGAGAGGGUCUUUGGAGAGAAAUGUCAAGCUCUCCUUGUAACUUGCUGAGGUCUCAUUUGUCCCCAUAUGCCAACCAGGACCUCUGGAAGGGGGAGGGCCAGAUGUGUAGCUCCAGGUAUCAGGGCGAGGCUGACCCAGCCCCCAAGCCAAGUGGGACGAAGGGACUCAGUCCGUGGAAUCCUGCCAGGGCACCUCACCAACCAGAAGAGCCCUAGGGAGCCUCAGCAGCCUCCAGGGCCUCACACCUUUCAGGGGCUCUUCAGCAGGACACUUCCUUCUCUUUGGAGAGCUUCUCUGGGCCGGAAUUAAGCGACUCUUUCCUGAACAGCCCUACCCCCUCACACUCCCCGGGCUGACCAGAUAUUUGCCAGGGCCUGGCAGAGACAGCUGCUGGGAAUGAAGCAGGAGGAGGAGGGCUGGUCAGCCUCAGAGUGUCUCUCAGUUACAGGACGGUCCCUCGUGAGGAGCUGCUCUGGUACACGAAGCGUGCUCUCCCCUGUGAACAAACAAUAAGAAUCCUUUACAUCCUGCAUCUCUUAGUUUACAGAACACUUGCACACCCACUUUCUCCUUAGUCUCACCAUGUCACUAUGGGGAAGGCUGCGGUUAGCCAGGUCCUUCUGCCCCCGAUUUAUAGGUAAAGUCAUUGAGAGUAAGUAAGCUUAAGCGAUUGACCCACAGUCACAGAACUAGUACAGGGGGAAGCAACUUCCCUGGCUCACUCCCCCCUGAAACUUCCACUCUCCUGGCUCCCUGCCCCAGGGACAUUGGCUUGUGGCUAACUUGACCCUUCACCUCUAGCACCCUCUUACGACCUGCCUUCACAGGUGUCUCUAAGUGCAACACUCCCUUCCUUCCUCUCUUUAGACCUCUGUCUCCAGAGAGAGCUAUACUCUGAGCUGGCUGCAAGUUGCUCUGCAUCUGCCCAGUGCUUCCCUUCAGAUCCACUGAGAACCUAUCGGCUAUGGGGCAUCCUGGCUGAUCUGCUUCCCAGGUUCAGGGGCAUGCUUCUUCCAUGGCCACGGUGUAUGGAGAGCCCCUGUCAGGAGAGGCGCUGAGAGUAGUAGAGGUUGAACGGAAUUCAGUUAAGGCAGGACCCCAGGCCUGCCCCCUUUUGGGAGUGCGUGAGUCUAAAGCUAUUCCCCACGUCAGGGUCCCCAGCUUCCUAAGGACAUGUCGUUCUGGGGGUUCUCAGCAGACCAAAAGGUGACUCCUCCUCCCCAAAGCAGAGUCUCUCUGCAAGGUUUUUGAGCCCACGUGAGAGCGAUGGCACUUGGAGCACAUUUACUUGAACACCUACUCUCCUACGGUACUUCGGGGAGACGGAGGCAUGGAAGGAAAAUCGAACAUCUGCCCUCAAGGAGCCCGCCCUCUAGCUGGGGAAACAGCUCACAUAGACACACAGGAGCGAUGGGUCACUGACAGCACCAUGCAGGGCAUGCUGAGGGCCAAAUGCCUGUCACCAUUAGUAUCGCUGGAGGUCAAGUACCCAGGACUGGGUAACCAGGAAGGCUUCCAGGAGGGAAACAACUCAAGCUGGGCUUCAGAAGUGCAAGUAUCUCAGACUGGAAGGGACCUUAAUGAUCAUUUAUUCCAGCAGUUUUCUUUUCUUUUUUUUUUUUUUUUAAGUUUAUUUAUUUUUGAAAGAGAGAGAACACAAGGGGGGAGGGACAGAGAGAGAGGGAGACACAGAAUCUGAAGCAGGCUCCAGGCUCUGAGCUGUCCGCACAGAGCCCCACGCAGGGCUCGAAUCCACAGACUGCAAGACUGUGACCUGAGCUGAAGUCGGUCGCUUAACCGACUGAGCCUCCCAGGCGCCCUAAUUCCAACAGUUUUCAAGCUCUGUAGCCUCAGGACCCUUUCUUCAAAGAAUCCUUGUGUGAAAACACAGCAUAUAAAACAUAACAAGCAGUGACUCUAGUGGGUUCUGGGUGGGGUAUACAGAGCGAGCUGAGCUCCCCUUUUUACUGUGCCUCUCAGACAGGCCCUGGGGAACCCCUCAAGUUCCUGGCAGCUCCACAGAAUGUAGCAUGAAAACCACUGAUCCAGGCCAUCUUACAGAUGAGUAUCACAGACAGGAAGGGACUUUUCUAGGGCCAAACAGUCUGUGACCACGCUGGAGGCAAAUCAAAGGGCAUUUUUGAUUUUGUGUUUUCUUUAUAUCGUUGAGACCUACCUCCCACCCCAAGUAGCCCAGAAGGGGAGCAGGAACCCGAAUGACAACAGGAGUUGUGGAAGAGAGAGAAGACCGUGGGCAGGAAUUACGGGAUAUGUCGGCUCCUUUGCAAAAUAAGAAAAUCAAAUCCACUUGACCCCUGACAUCAGGAGGAGGAGGAGGCAGUGACUAGGACCUAACUUGGACCUGUCCCCCCGGGAGGUCUGCUGGGACCACUCUGUCUUCAUGUCCAAGUGAAAUUCCACCUGUCUGGCCUGUGGCUGUUCAUCAGGGUCUUGGCUUCUCUACACCAUGGACGUGUCCUCCUGUUGCCACACAUCCAGGCCGAGAGAGCCCUGGUCUCAUCUGGCACAAUCAGCCAGGGGGAGGACAAGGUGAGCCCUUCCUCCUGAGCAUAAGCAGAAGUCUGGCCUUGAUUCAAAAGAGAGACCAGCAUUUUAGUUGCUUCUGAGCAGCUCACCAAGGCUCUUCUGCCCUGUAUUGUGGGAGGGCAGCAGGGAUCCAGACCAAAAGAACCUGUUCCCCCACACCCUCUCUUGUGUCUUGCAAGAAGAGACAUGGUGUCUAGGACUGGAGCUUCAAAGCUUUUUCUGACUCUGUUAGAAUACGGAGGGGUGGGUGGGGCAGGCAUCGAGGAUUUGGGCACACCUGAGGACCCUACUCGGGGAUUUCUGGGUCCCAUUCUUGCAGGCCACAGCCACAAAACCCUACAGGAAGGCAAACAAGCCAGAGUAGUUAAGGUACCAACUGGAUCUGUUCUUUCUACCGCCGGGCCCAAAAGACUGGAAGAACCCAGUGGUGACCUAAAACAUCACCUUACACCUAGAGGGGCCCAUACCAACAGCAGGCAAUCCACAUUAGUGAGUAACCCAGCUUGCCUCUCCAGCCCCAACUGUGGAAAGCAAGAUGUAAAGCAUUUCCAAUUUCCUUUGAGUUUCAGCAGACCUAUUCACUUUAUUAAUAUUAUCAGUGGUUACAAUGAGUAUAUGGCUUAGAAGCAUGCUGUGAAGCAGAGGAAAACCAGUUAAAGCAUUUAUGUUUGCUCUGAAAAAUUCAAGAAACGGUUUCUUAACACGGAGACACUCUAAAAUAGAACUAUGUUGAUACCCAUUUGGGAUUUAAGGUCAUUUCUCCUAUUUGUGCUACAGAUCCUUGAACUCACACUCAGAGUAUGAGUAUGCGUGCUGUAUGUUUUUAAAAUGUAACUUGAUAUACUUUGUUACUAUGGAAAAACCCAUCCUUCCAUGGCUCUGGUGCUUUGUUGACAAUGUUAGAGAUUGAUUUGACCGGCAGAAUCUUAGAUUUUACUGGCACAUGGCGUAACUGAUACCAUGAUAUUUAGGCAAUAUCCCAACUUGAGCCCGAUUCUGAAAGAGACAUCUCACAAGAGAUUUAUAAGCCAAACUUCCUCAGCCCCCUCUAACUCGUUCCUUUCUUCUCCCAGUGCAUGAAAGGGCUGGGAGGGGUCUCGGGAAAGAAGAUUCAUUUGGUUUACAACCUUCACCCGUUUGUCCAGAGAGUUUCUGAUCUUUCCUUCCAUGGUGGCCUUAUCUCAGCCCUUGAUAAUACACGCAGGCAACAACAAGCUCUCUGACACCCAUGCCAUCCAUCAAGAUUUCAUUUACUUGGGGAGAAAAAAACAGGCAUUCCUCACCCUUUCUACCCACACCCUUGUUCCCAGGGAAGACUAUACCUCAAGGUCUGUAGGUGUUUAUGCUUAGGAGAAGAAAUUGUAACUCAGUUCAGUGGAAAGAUGAGAAACAAAAGAAAGCCACCAUGUGCUAUGUGAAUGGUUGGUUGUCCUAAAGCCACUCUGUGCUGAAAAGCCCUGGAAGGACCUUAAAGUUAUAAUCAUUA